AUAUCUACUAAAUACAUACAUAUUACAAUUUAUAUCUACUUAGUUAGAAUUGUUAGAAUUUUAUUUCAUUAAAGUUAGAAUUGUUAGAAUUUUAUUUCAUUACUUCGAAUUGUUUUUAUAAAUUAAUAUUUGUUACAUUUUUAAGAUGAAAGGUGGUAGAUAUUCGGUUGAUAUGGGUAACCUUGAGCGCAACCGAACGAACGAGCUUGCGAGGAAGAAAUCCCGCAAAGGUAAAUCACAUAUCGGCUCUUCAUCUCAAAGUCGAGAUGAUUUUGAUACAGGUUACGCAAGGAGGGAUGGUGAUGCCAUGACCGACGAACAACUAGAACAAGAAUUGCAUUGACAUAAUAGUCGGUUUUUCCAAGACCAGCCGAGGACCAUUGACGAAGAAGAGCUUGAGGACGACGAUGUGGAGGAAGUAAUUACGGAGAGCCACGACAGCGAAGAGGAGGAGGGUGGCGGCAGCCACGACGCCGACGAGCCUGCCUCAUCCCAAACAUGUACGAAAAAAAGUAAAUCUGAACUAAUGCAAAAUAAUUUUGAUAAGUGGAAGGACCCGAACACCGGGAAUUGGAAUGCAACUUGCAAGUGGUGCAAAAAAAAUUAUAGCUUGGGGAUUUCGGGCGGAUACGGAUCCGCCACAAGGCAUCUUAAGGCCAAACACCCGGUGGAGAAUGCAAAAUUAGGCGGCGGAACGGGGAAGCAAACUGAAAUAUCGAGAUUUGCAAAUAACCAACCUUUUGGUAAUUUCUCAUACAAUGAUGCACAAAAUUUGACUGGUAUGGCUAACUCACUUGUUGAAGAAAAUUUGCCUUAUUUGUUUUCUGAAAGUCUUGUUUUUCGUAAUUAUGCACAAACUUGUUUAAAUCCUCAAUAUAGAGGUUAUAGUCGCAAAACGGUUAAGAAAGA